AUAACUUUUAGUGAGCAAACGGGUUUAUCUUUGGGCGAAAGCGCAGAGAUGGAGUUGCCAAUUGCGCGAGUAGCUUCAGCCGUUUCAAUCAUCACCAACUCGCCCGAUUCACGAAUACCAGGUGUAGUCAACCGAGUCAACCCGACUCAGCCGCCGUUCCGACACAGAAUCCUCCCUCUGCAAGAAAAGCACAAUCGACCAAGACUGUUGCAGGCAGUAAACAAAAGAGAAAUCUCCUUCAAUACAAACACAAAGAUGGAAACCAACGAAGAUGGAGAAGUCCAUUUCUGGGGAAACAUAUCUGAAGAGGAGUACUACAAAUCCCAAGGCAUUCAUGCUUCCAAAUCCUUCUACACCUCCCCAAGAGGUUUGUCCCUCUUCACUAGAUCAUGGGAACCCCUCUCCUCCCCUCCACGUGGCAUCAUCUGCAUGGUCCAUGGCUAUGGCAACGACAUCAGCUGGACCUUCCAGUCAACCCCCAUCUUCCUUGCCCAAAUGGGCUUUGCUUCCUUUGCUCUUGAUCUUCAAGGCCAUGGACUUUCCCAAGGUCUCAAGGCCUUCGUCCCCAACGUCGGCCUCGUUAUCGACGACUGCCUCUCCUUCUUCAAUUCUAUCAAGCAGAAGCCUGAGUUCAAUGGCCUGCCUUGCUUUCUCUAUGGAGAAUCCAUGGGUGGGGCCAUCUGCCUUUUGAUCCAUUUCAAGGACUUCCAUGCGUGGAAUGGUGCCGUCCUAGUCGCACCCAUGUGUAAAAUCUCCGAUAACGUAAGACCCAGAUGGCCCGUCCCGGAAAUCCUCUCCUUCGUCGCGAAAUUCUUCCCCACCUUGCCAAUUGUCCCAACCGCCGAUCUUUUGGAUAAAUCUGUCAAGGUCCCGGAGAAGAAGAUUCUCGGUGGGAGGAAUCCACGGAGAUAUGGGGGAAAACCAAGGUUGGGUACCGUAUUUGAGCUCUUGCGAAUCACAGAUUAUUUGCAUAGUAAGCUCUCGGAUGUGAGUCUUCCAUUCAUUGUAUUGCAUGGAAGCGCUGAUGUUGUUACCGAUCCGGAUGUGAGUCGGACUCUUUAUGAAGCAGCUAAGAGCGAGGAUAAGAGCAUAAAAAUUUAUGAGGGGAUGAUGCAUUCACUGUUGUUUGGGGAGACAGAUGAGAAUGUGGCCAUAGUUCGGAAUGAUAUUUUGUCAUGGUUGAAUCAAAGGUGUCAAAAUGCAAUGUAGGUUUUGUGAGUUGAAUUUCAUUCUCAGCCAACCAUCAUGUGUAACUUGAUUGAUAUGAUUGGAUUAUGUUUUUAAAUUGGAGAAGUUGAUGUACGCACAGUUCUAUUUUCUAUUUAAUUCUACCCCAUUGCUCAUUGUUUA